AUGGAAGGUACUGUCAGUACAACAUUGACAAAAGACCUGGGCAAACCAGAGAAAUUAACUGCCAGGAAAUUAUUGAAAUUCACUAAAUUUCAUGAGACUAAAACUGGUAUUGCUUUGUUGUAUGAUGAAGUAUCUGAAAAUGCUCACGACAUCCGACUGAAGCUCACAAAAGAGGUAUUAACAAUUCAAAAACAAGAUGUCGUCUGUGUUAGUGGAAGUGAUCACAGUGCAAAUCACAGAACUGUUACACUUCAUAGACAACCAGUUGGUGGCUUGGGCUUAAGCAUAAAGGGUGGUGCUGAGCACAAAGUGCCUGUCGUCAUAUCAAAAAUGUUUAAAGACCAAGCAGCUGACCAAACUGGAAUGUUAUUUAUAGGAGAUGCAAUAAUACAGGUUAAUGGUAUUAACGUAGAAAAUGCUACCCAUGAAGAAGUGGUACACCUACUGCGAAAUGCUGGUGAUGAAGUUACCAUUACUGUUCAGUACUUCAGAGAAGCUCCAUCAUUUUUAAAGCUCCCAUUAGGUUCCCCUGGACCAUCCAGUGAUCACAGUAGUGGAGCUUCAUCACCUCUCUUUGACAGUGGCUUGCAUUUAAAUGGGAACUCGGCUAACACUGCUCCAUCAUCACCUUCUUCGCCCAUAGCUAAUGAACCAAAAUACGAAAAGCGCUGGCUAGACACCUUAUCAGUUCCUUUGUCAAUGGCUCGAAUCUCGAGGUACAAAACUGGAACAGAUAAAUUGAGAUCUAAUGCAUUUGAAGUGCUGGCACUCGAUGGAGUUAGUACUGGGAUACUUCAGUUUUAUACAGCCCAGGAGAGUGCUGACUGGCUGAGAGCAAUAUCAACUAACAUCAGUGAUUUGACACUGCAAAAUAUGAAAAUGGCAAAUAAAUGCUCUUCUCCCUCAGACCAGGUCAUUCAUAUGGGAUGGGUACAUGAGAGACUUGAAGGAACUGAUUCGUCUCAGCUCUACAAAUUCAAGUUUCUAGCACUGAAGGGUUCAUCCUUCUACAUUUUCAGUACUCCACCGGUAAGCACACUAGACUGGGUACGAGCUGAAAAAAUGUAUAACCUCUGUGAGGUUCUAUUUAAAAUUCACAAGAUGAAGAAUCACAUACUGAAACAUAUCUUUCAGCUCUGGCUUGCUGAUGAUUGUUGGCUACAAGCAAACUUGUAUUUUGGUAUUCAUCAGGACUUCAAUUUUGAAGACCACAGGCCCUAUUGUUUCAGUGUUAUGGUUGGACAUGGCAAGAGUCAUUGUUUCAAUGUAGAGCUGGGCAGCGAGUUGGCAGUUUGGGAGAAAUCAUUUCAAAGAGCAAUUUUCUUGGAAGUUCAAAGAACUGGGUCUAAAACGUAUAUGUGCAGUUGGCAAGGGGAUACUCUGUGUUUCACAGUUGACUUUGCUCUGGGAUUUACCUGUUUUGACAGUAAAACAAAGAACGUUCUGUGGAGGUUUAAAUUCUCUCAGCUGAAAGGCUCUUCAGAUGAUGGGAAAACAAAAGUAAAGCUGCUUUUUCAGAAUCCAGACACCAAACAAAUAGAAACAAAGGAACUUGAAUUUCAGGAUCUGACAGCAGUUUUACAUUGUAUUCACUCCUUUAUAGCUGCAAAAGUGGCAUCUGUGGAUCCAAUAUUCAUAGACAACCAGAGUAUUGCGAGAAAAUAUAUGUACAGUAACUGAUAUGUGACUAUGGCAAAUAAAUUAUUUUCUUAAAGAAAGUAGUUAUUUCAUGCACAAUAUUGCAACUUUGUGAUUUUCUAAGUCUAUGGUAGUGUUAUCUGUAAUGCUAACAGUUUUCACACUUUGUUUAACAUUUUGAAUCUAUGAGUUAACAAAUAUUAAACUGAAUCAGUUUGUUGUCUGCAGCACUAGUCUAAUAUUCUGAGCAGAUAUUCAUUCAGUAACAUUUGUGGUGUCAUUUUGAUUUCUGUUCUUAUGGUCAUGCAUAUCUACCCGUAUAUUAGAUAAAAACACAAACUAACAUUUGAAAAUGGGUGUCCAAAAAUUAGGAUUUUUAAGUGUAUUUUGAAAAUUGCUGUGCACAAUUUCUACAGUCCUCACUGAAAAGAACUGAUUAUUGUAGAAAACUACAAUAGGAAAUGGACUUUCAUCUUGCUUUGAUGGGUUUGAAAAUUUACAGUUCCUUGUUCCAGUAUUUUUGAGGCCAGAGAGUUAGAUCUGGCAUAACACAAAGUAAUCUGUCUCAGACUGAGGAAAAGAUUGAAGCCCAUACUUGAUUCUGGCCUUAUUAUGUAGCCUGAGUGUAUGCAGAAGGUAUUGCUACAUAUGUAUUUAAAUACCUUGCCAGAUCAACUGAAGAGCUUUGUUCUAAGCUGAGAAGUCUAACUGUAGGCACUGAGUUGUAGAAAACUUGCCAUAGGAUUUUCUUAUCUGUUAAUAAAGCUUCCAUGAAUCAUUCACAUCACUCAUAUAUUUCAUUAACAGUAACCUCCAAUGCGAUGCUCUGUAACUUCGUUGUUUGACAGAGGAUGCUCUCAAUGGGGUGAACAUAAAGAAUUUUCUGGCCCAUCCACCUCCUUUUUUUUUUUUUUCCCCACACCUCUAGCCCUGUCUUACAUAUAUGCUUAAACACAAGUGAAAAGAGGAUAUGGGUCUAUUUUUUUACUUGUUCUUUAAAUUUCUUCUGAAUUCACUUUCUUAUUUGCACAGGUAAUGCUUCCUGUUACUAAAAAACUGUUGAAGGAAGACAUUUUAAUCUUAGGGGUAAGUAAUAACAAGUAUUCCAGGCUUCUGUGAUAAAAAUCUCAGUUGUUUUCAACUGUAGUUUUGAGGCAACAUCAUGCAAUAUUAUGAUUUUUUUUUGAGAAAUGUAAGAAAAAAAAAUUAAAAAUCAGGCAAUGUACAAAAUGCAUAUAGAUCAAUGUAAUCAAACGUUCUAAAUUUGGUCUAAAAAGUGUCCUAGAAGAAAAGCCUAAAAUCAAUGUAUGCUAAGGAAAGUAGGUAGGUGCCUUUAAAAGCUCUUAGGUGAGGAGUAUUUUUACCUAACUUCAAUGUCUGAAUUUAAUUAGAAAGGUUCCACCUCUGUCUUAAGGCAGGUAACUGUCUUGAAAGACAGCAGUGGAGCCUUGGGCACUUAUUUUUAAAGAAUGCUUAUCUGCCUAUCUAAAGCAUAGGCACAGUUAAAGUGCUUAUAGUUGGUAUUUGAUCCUACCAUAAAGAUUGCCUACUGCAAAGUGGUAUCUUGAGAGAAAUUAUUUUAAAUGUUAGGGAUGCUGUUUGCAAUUCCAUUGUUGUUUACAGACCUGAUGUUUGCAAGGAGGGGUAAUAGGACAGCCAACUCCCUUUAAAACAUUUUUUUAGAAAAGCUGAGCAAUAUUUUUAUUAAUUGUAAAUAAAUUUUUAUUAUAUUAAAAAAUUUUAAUUUAAUUUUCAGUUUUGCUUUUAAAUUUCAGCUUUUUAUGUUUACUGAGAUUUUAACGUUGACAAAUGGUAGCAUUAGAAACUGAAAGGCUUUCUCAUAGUCAAUUCUCAAUUAUUAGUGUGAAAAAAUUAUAGAUUACGAAGUGACUAUAGAUUGAAGCACGAUGGAAAUUUUCCUCUGUUUUGCUUUUACUCUCUUAUGUACGAAGUUCAGCACUAGCUCGGCACUAGUGUAACUUGAGUGGAAAAAUGUACUACUUACCACUGGAUUAAGACUAUGAUCAGGCAUCUAGACAAUGUUAUCAUAGAAUCAUAGAAUCACCAGGGUUGGAAAAGACCUAAAAGAUCAUCCAGUCCAACCAUUCACCUAUUACCAAUAGCUCCCACUAAACCAUGUCUCUCAGCACAGCAUCCAGUCUUUCCUUGAACACCCCCAGGCUCGGUGACUCCACCACCUCCCUGGGCAGUCCAUUCCAGUGCCUGACCACCCUUUCUGAAAAGUAAUACUUCCUAAUGUCCAGCUUGAAUCUGUUAUGUUUUAAGUGUAAUGAAAAGCACAGCUUAUCUUUCCAAAUAUAUUUCCACUUGCAGAUAUGAUAUUGAGUGAAUGUCUAGUGCCAUGAAUUUAAAUCAGAGAGAGGUAUAUCACUGCCAUAUUAACUAACAGUCACUACAGCAUAGACUAGGGCAUUGGACUUGAACAAUGCUAUUGAUUUAUUAAUCCAGUUCCUGGCAUUCUUUGAUCAAAGUUAAUUAAAAUCUGCAGAAAAAUUCCUGUGCAGUUAUGAAUUGAGUGAGCUCAGGUCUGUUCCCAGUGAGUGGUUUUGUUUUGCUACCCAGUUUAAAACAUCAGAGAGUUUAGUAGAUAUGAUGUGUGUAGACCAUGCCAGAUGGCCUUGGGGGUAGAAAGUGAGCCCUGACAAUUUUAGUUUUAAAUUUAGAUGCUGCUAAAAUUAAGCAUGGAAUUACAAUAUGGUGGCUGUGCUGAACCAGCCAUUACUCAAAUUCUGGAAAUCCAACUUAAUUCUUUUUUCUCUAAGAUCUUAAGAAUCAAUAAGUGUUUCAGAGUAAUUGCCACUCUUGUGCCAGUAGUCCUGAAACUUAUUACAAUUAUUAUAUGAUUAUCUGUGGGGGCUAGAGAGAGGAUAAACUCUAGUAGACAUUGCAAUCCUAAAUCUACAACAUAAAUCUGUUUUCUAUCUGAACUAUAUUAAUUCUGAUAUAACUUCUAAAAAGGAAUGCCUCUUCAGCAAAAUGUGUAGGCCAAUCUUUGUUGUAUAAGUACUAUUUAUAAAUGGCUGAAUUUCUUUCUAAGGAGAUUACCAUAAAUGCUUCUACUGUCCAUAUUUUGUAACACCUCCCCACUUCCCUGAAUAUCAUAGUGAAGGGAGUGUCGUUGCAAUAUAUUUUUUCUGCUUUUUUUGAACAAGUUGGUCUAAGACAGUGAUGUUUGCACACUUGUUAAAGCUUCUCAGCACAUAGUGUUGCAGUGCCAAGGAGUUGGCAUCUGUUUCCUUGAAAGAGUACAGAAAUGUUCCUGCAUGCAGAGCUCUGCCUUAGAAGCCUCCAUCAGGGGAAGAGCCAUUUCUACCUUUCCAUGAAAGGAGACUGAGUGCGAGCUCUGAGUUGCCUCCACAAGCUGCCUGUGCCUGUGGCAACAGAUAGAAAAGUAUGUAUUUUCUCUGCUAGGUCAAUUCGAUCUACUGUAGUUGAGUUUUGGUUCAGUAGUCUGUCCAGGUCCUCCAGUAAGUUUCUGAGGGCAAAGAGGAUGGGCAUUAGGAAGGAAGUAGUCUCUUUCCUCCACACAUUUUUGAGAGAUGAAGAGACGUCUGUGGUGAUUUCUGUCCAUCUUUCCAAUGCAUGGGAAGUGGAUCAAAGCAUUGCAAAACUUGAGGCAGGAGAAGGAUAAACAGAUGGACUGACUGUGCAAUCUUAAAAGUCUUUUUACUCAAGCAUGCAAGCUGAAAGUAACUAUCACUCUGCAUUUCACAGAGAAAUUCUUCUUUCAGUGUACUGCUGUUUUACAGUGAUAAUCAUUGAGAUAUGGUUGCUGAAUAUGUAACUUUAAAAGUCAAUAAUGUUAAAUGUAUCAUUUAUUUAUAAACUCAUAUAUCUAAGUUCUUAAGGUGUGCUUCAAAAACAUUUAGAUACUUCUUUGUUGAAGCAUGCUGAGAAGGGAUUAUCUCAUGUGGAGUAAAGACUUUGUAGUAAAUUUGUUAGAAAGCACAAAAAGGACUUGUGCAGCAUGCAAGAUGUAAUUGAAGAUGUAUUUUAAUCUGGUUCAAUCAGAACAAUUCCACAAGUAAAAUCUUUUCAUUAAAUUUAAAUUUAUUAAGAACUGUGGACUCAAGCCAAAAUCCACUCCUGUUUAGGAACAGAUUCUCAGUGACAUAAACUGAAAAAUCAGUUUAUGGAAUAAAUUGCAGGAAUUGCAGUUAUGCAGGUAUUGAUACCUGCAACCCUAUAGUCCAGAUGUACAAUACCCUCUGUUUUUUAGUAUUUUUUUUAGGGUUUUUUAGGGAAGAAACAUGAUAUAUUGUGUAAGUCUUGUUACACUGGGAAUUGAGGGUGGCAGAAAGGUCAGAGCUGCGUAGACAACUGAGUUGCACAAGAGCCUUCUGUUCUUGUAAACACUGCAGUGGUAAUAUGUAGGGCAUUACAAGCAUUACAAGCAAAAAGGUUUUAAUUUCUAGAGAGUGUGAGGAUACAGGAAGGAAAUUUUGUUAGUGAAGGGUUGGAGAUUUUUACUGGCUGUGCUUGUUGGUUGUUUUUUAAUGCAGAAAUUCAUUUUUUAUUAGAAAUCGGAUUUACAAGAAUUGGAAGAACAUCACAGAACAAUUGGAUGAAAAGAUAUAUAAUGUUCAUACGUCUAAUUUCUUACUGCUGUUAGAGGUGUGAGAGUGCUUCAUUCUUUCUUUAUUUAAUGCUUAGCUGAUUGUGACUGUCAUAGAUCUGUAGGAUUUCCAGAAUACCAAACAGGGAAAGAAAGUUAAAUGUAAAAACUAUUUAAUUUUUCUCUCUGUUACAAACUGUUCUUGGAAUAUUAUUUGCCAUAUUUAUAGCGUAGGAAGCCUCCAGAUUCUUACGUUCUUCAAAUAUGGUAGAAACAUCACACUCAAUGUGAUGAAUUUAUUUAUGAAUUUGAGUUUAUUCAUGAAUCUGUGUAGAAAUCAAUUAUCUAAUCUCCAUUGAUCAGCUGGUCUCAACUCUGUAAUCACUGGAGAGAAACUGGAAGU